AGCAGGGACAUGUUCAUUGUACAAGCUGUUCUGAAAGAAUACCGCGGCUAUUGAGGUGAAGUCUGAAAUACGUGAUUUCUUCAAAGUUGUUUAAUCGGUGAAAGACGAUUUUUGUGUUCCGAUUUAGUUUGAUACGUGUUAACCGGUUAGAGCUGCAUGUACGAAUGAGCGAAAAGUAACGGUUGCGCGUUGUACAUAAUCGACAUCACCGUUGUCGGCUCAGGAAUUUGUUCGUGAACACAGCUAGCUUAGCUAGCUAGCCAUUCUAGCCUGUAUUGUGGAAUGGAUUUUUAGCCAUAGACCGUUUCUAGCUCGACGAGGAAUCUCAUUAACGUGUCAUUUUAAUUGUUAUAGUUUUUCCGCAUUGUUGUUUAAUUUGAGAGAAAAACAGCCUUUUCCUAGUUAACGCUUGUCUGUAAAGAAGAAAGGGGACAUUGUGGGAGGAGAAAAUAACGUUCUCAGUGGUUUUUACAAGAACAGUCCCCAAACCAACAAUCAUGAACGGGUUCAGCACAGAAGAAGACAGCCACGACGGCCCACCAGCGCCGCCGUUUUACGGCCAGACUUGUUGUUUGAUUGAGGACGGUGAGCGCUGCGGACGAUCAGCUGGAAACGCCUCCUUCAGCAAGCGUAUCCAAAAAAGCAUAUCGCAGAAAAAACUAAAGCUGGACAUCGACAAAAGCGUAAGUGUUUUAUUGCUAACUAGUUGUCCCAACCAUUUGAGACUAUGUAGUUAGCCCCCUAGACAUCCCCUCUACCAGCUGGCUAAGCAAGCCAAGCACUUGCUAAUCGAGCAAGCUUGUCAAAUUCAACCUCACACUUUUAUUAUGGUUUUGUUCUGCGCCAUAAUUAUGUGUCACGAAAAAUGGUGGACUUCUCUCUGACUGCUUAUGGUUUCAUUUGGAGUAGCAGCCAGUGGGACAGCAAAACUAGAAAGGUUUCUCCCCCACCUCCAAUCCGAGCCUUGGCUGGCUGUUUCACCCUGCGUAGACAGUUUUUUCCACGCCUCCACUCCCUAAAAUGGCUGUUACUAAGGAAGCUAUAGGUUGUCCGGUGGGAAAGACACAAAAGUUGAGGAUCAGGCAGUUCUAUUUGGCUACAAGCAAGUGUGUUGAAAGAAAAAAGUCCCGUAGUGUAUAGUUAAUUGUUCUUUAAGAUCCAGCUGCGAAAUGUAUACGAUGUAUCCGCCACAGACGAGAUCGAACUCUGUCUUUCGGCGGUCGGUGCUACAAGGGUCCUCGCUAACCACAAAAUGAUGUGGAAACGUACGGUAUGAGGAGUUAAACUGGCAUAGUGUCAACAUCUGUCACACCCAAAGAAGAACUAUCUUGUGAAUUUUCGAUUUGUUUUUUUUUCCACUUGUGCAUCAUCAUAAUUAUAUAUCUGUCUUAUUUUAGGUUCGACACCUCUACAUAUGCGACUUCCAUAAAAACUUCAUCCAGAGUGUCCGUAACAAGAGGAAGAGGAAGACUAGCGACGACGGAGGGGAGUCUCCAGACCAUGACUUGGAAGUUCCAGAGGUAACAGGCUGGAAAACAAGCCCAUUGUCUUCACUUAAAUCAUGUGACUCUAAAGCAUGACAUUGCUUCUCAAUAGGAAACAUAAUUGUUGAAGAAAAUACCAGCAAGUUUAAUACAUUUUAGUCAUUUAGCAGACACUCUUAUCCAGAGCGACUUACAGGUAGUGAGUGCAUAAAACAUUUUUCUUCUGCCGGCCAUUCCCUCCCCUACCCUGGAUGACGCUGGGCCAAUUGUGCGCCGCCCCAUGGGUCUCCCGGUCGCGGCCGGCUAUGACAGAGCCUGGAUUCGAACCAGGAUCUCUAGUGGCACAGCUAGCACUGGGAUGCAGUGCCUUAGACCACUGCGCCACUCGAUAUGAAAGACAAUAUAAGAUGGCUAUUGUUGCAAAUUCCUAAUAGUAUGAAAUCUCUAUGCAUUUUCUGUGUGAAAUGUAAUUGAUAGAGUGGCGCAGCUGGGCCGGCAGGGAUGUAGCUCAGUUGGUAGAGCAUGGCAUUUGCAACGCCAGGGUUGUGGGUUCGAUUCCCACAGGGGGGGGGGGCCAGUAUGAAAAAAAUAAAAAAUGUUAAUGUAUGCACUCACUAACUGUAAGUUGCUCUGGAUAAGAGCGUCUGCUAAAAUGACAAAAAAUGUGAUAGAGAACAGUAAAAUGUGCUUAAAGGUAUUCAAUCCUUUAUGGGUAACACGCCAGUCUUUCCUGACGGUCGGUUGUUUCUGUGAUGUCAGGUGGACCUGUUCCAGCUCCAGGUGAACACGCUGAGACGCUACAAGAGACACUACAAGCUGCAGACCAGACCUGGCUUAAACAAGGCCCAACUGGCCGAGGUAGACCUGCAUUUACAUUGUAGUCGUUAAGCUUCCUGUCUUAUCCAGAGAGACUUACAGUCAGUGCAUUCAACUAAGGUAGCUAAGACAACCACGUAUCACAGUCAUUGCAAGUAAAACUUUUCUCAAAAUUUAACGACUGUUAGCAAAAAUUAGUGCUAGUAAGAAAUACAAGUGCGAGUGUUUUUUUUUAAAGCAAGGAAGACCAGUAAACCCACAGCUGUAAGAUGAAUGUAAUAUAGCAUAGACUGGUAACAGUCUACACACCAGUGGCACAUCUUAACAACAUUUCCCAGCUAAAGAUGAGCGUCAGGCAACAUUUUUCCCUUUGAUGAAUAUGUUCAUGUAUUGUCCUAUAUGGUGUAUUGAUAAUUUUGCAAUCUAGAUGUACUUCAUAAUACUGGACUACAACCUAUCAAGUCUCCCAGCGGCGACCCAAAACAAACCGCAACAUCUGCUCUGUGCUGGCUGGUAGAACAGAACAUCUAAUUGGAUAAGCGGCAGUUAAACCCAAAGGGUGGUCAAACUACUCGUGUCACUCUCAUUCCUUGUCCAAAUAAGCUUAUUCCAACCUAAUUUUGGCAUGGACUGCUUAGUGUUAAUAUAUCCAUAGGACAAACGGUGCAUUGUUUAUUGCCGCAAUGAUCGUAGGUGGACUAUAAAAAAAAAAAUCUUACGUCACAGAUUUCAACACUUGCAUUUAUUUUUGUACAGCAAUGCAGUCCUGUAAAAUAUAUAUAUAUAUAUCCCGUCCAAAGAACAGGGUAAGCUGUCUCGGAAGGAUUUAGCUCUAACAGAGUUAACUUCUGUCUUGGGGUUUCGUCGAGACAAUUAUUCAUAGUCCUUUUCCUCUUCUAAGAAGUCCAGUAUCCUCUAAAGAGGUGCCCUCCCCCUCAGUAGGUGCGACCAUACCCCCAUAUUAUUAUUAUUAUUAUUUACCAUGAUGUAUGUGGUGUGGGAGCCCAAUUACACAGUAAUUGGACAUAGACGGAUUGUUAGGAGAAUUUGUGAAAUCGACAUGUAAUCUCGCAGCUGGCUCGAGCCCCGUCCUUACAAAAACCCCUUUAUGGUGUUUCCAGCCUGACCCGGUGCUGGGGGGGUUGCGGGAGCUGGUUGAAAUAAAUGAAGCUGCCCUGUAAGUUGAAUGUUUCCCCAGGCUGUAGAGAGGCCCAAGACCUCCAUUAAUGAGCCUGUCACCUCAUUAAUAAAGCACACGCCAACAGGUCCAACCAAUUACAGCUCUCCAUGUGCCGCCCACAUUGAGUGGAACUGUCAGCCUGAAUGGAGCUGGGUGAAACUACACAGAGGAUGUUUAUUUCCCCUCACGCUUGUUAUUUUAAAUCGAAUGAUCUCUGUGUUUUGGGUUUAGAGGGGAUUGAAUGUCUCCUAGAAACGCGUCUCGUGAAUUUAUACAUCGAGUUCUAAUCCUUGACAGUAUGGGACUCAAUGUUUUGGUCACAGACUGAUGAUCCCACUUGGUCUUUUGUUGGUCUUGCCUCCUGCUCUUAGAUAUAACAUUCUAUAUUCAAUAUCACUCAUCUUUGACAGAAUGUUUUUAUUAAAGUGGGCAGAAAACAACUGGAUGUUCAAUCAAUAGACUGAUUACACCGACCUCCUCUUUCUCUCUAAUGUAAUCUCCUACCUACAGAACGUUGUCCUCCUCUGUGGUAACCAAGUGAUUUUGGCCUCAAUGUUUAUUUGUUUUCAGACUGUCAGUCGUCACUUCCGGAAUAUCCCGGUGAACGAGAAGGAGACUCUGUCCUAUUUUAUUUAUAUGGUGAAGAGCACCAAAAGCCGAAUGGACCAGAAGUCGGACGGCAGCAAACCGCUGGAGUAAAGGCCACCAGUGAACCUCCCAUACCAAGACUUGGACAUGGACACGUGUGUUUGAUAACAAGGUGUUUCCGACAGGCAGCCGAACCUGAUUUUAAGACCGUUGUUGAGACUCCGCAGGGUAAUGUAAUGCUGUAAUGUGAAUAUGCCGAUAUGUACAAAAUGAACAGAGUAUGAAGAUAUCAGCAACACGUAGAAUGCAAUGUAUGAUAGCUGCCGUAAAGAUGUUUGGUAUUUUUAGUUUUUUUGCGUCGACUGUUAACAAUUAUUAUUAUUAUUUUUUUAUGCUUGUGCCAAACCCAGAGUGUACAAACUUAAGAUAUCAAUAAACUGGACAGGGUGCGUUUUGUGAAUGAAAAGAUAAUUGAAAGGGUUUUGGGAAGCGUUGUACAUUUUCUGGAGUCCAGCUCGUACUCAUUGUGUCAUCCAGUGGUGUGACAUGCAUGUGAAGACUGAGGAUGUUGAACGAUGUAGCAUUUGGGCCGAGUCUUAUUUUCUUAAAUUUAUUUUUUUCACUCAGACUUUUCCCUCUCCGGUCUUCUACGCUGAAACACACACAGACUGAAGUGGCGUUUCAGUGAAACACACACAGACUGAAGUGGUGUUUCAGUGAAACACAAGCUCUUUUUCAAGUAUUGGUGGUGAUUUUCUAUGAUUUUGUAUUUUCUUUUACUCACUAGCUUUUGUGAGAAAUAUAAAGAACAGUACUUUAGUUCAUCCUUGAUUGUAAGAUUUCUAUGUAAAGUUGUGUCUGGUGGGAAAUAACUAUUUCAACAGUUUUGGAUUUUGUCAUUUUCAUGCUUUCAGCUUUUGAGACUCAUUUUAAGCAAUUAAUUGAAGCUGUGUUCAUUAGGGUUGAAAAUGCGUCAUUGUUAC